UUUUUCGUUUGAAAUUUUUUUUCGAAAAUUUGUAAAAAUAAUUUAAGUUUAACUUUUAUAUUUUAAAUAUAAAAAAAAAUAAUUUUAAAAUUAUUUUUAAAAAAGAAAAAUUAAGUAUACUCGAAAACAAUCGAACGCGCAUAAAACUGUGUAUGUGUCGAAUCGUAAGCUGCUACAGUUAUCGUAUGUCUGCUAAUUUUGAAAUGAUGUUACGUUAAAAAACAAUACGCACAUACGAUAUGUGUACGAUCGUACUUACAAUCUAAAUACCGUAAUAUUUAAAUUAUUUAUUUUUUGUUAAUAAGAAGGCUUGUAUAACAAUUUCUUUCAAAAAAAACAUUUCUCUCUUAUUAAUAAAUUUUUACGAUUUAAAAAUAAUGUUAAAAUUAUUAAAAAGUAUUUAUUGUGCCAUAACACUAAAAAGAAGUGCAAAUGAAAUCGAAAUAAAAGAGAAGCACCCAUACAUGUAAAAAAAAAACAAAAGAGAAAACUUUCAUAAAAUUCAAAAACAAAAAAUAUAAGUAGUAAAUUUUUAAGGUUUAAUUUCUAGUCAUUACACUUAAAAAAAACUCAAAAAUUUCAAAAAAAAAAUUUUCAUUUUUUUUUUAAUUAUAAUUAUUAAAUAAAUUAUAAAAAUUACAAUUAAAAAAAUUGAGACUAUAACAACAAUUACUUUCAAUUUUCUCGAAUUAAACCAAUAAAUUACCACUUUUACCAAUUGUACUGAGAAAACCCAACAAAACAAAAAAAUUUUUCUUAUAAAAAUGUGGCGUGAUCAUAAUUCAAGUAAUUUAACAACAAUUGCAUCAUCUGGUCCAAAUCCAAUUGUUUAUCAUCAUCAAUAUCCACCACCACCAAGUAGUACAAGUAAAUGGAAUGUACCAGGUCAAAGGAGUUCAUAUUCUUUACCACAUCCAAAUCAUGCAUCAAGUAAUUUAAGAUGGUCACAAAAACAUGAUAAUAUAUCAUCAUCAACACGUAAUUUAAAUAAUAAUAAUAUCGGUGGUGGUGUUGGUGGUGUUGGUAAUGUUAUAAGUGGAGGUAUUGGUGGACGUUUAUCACCACCAUCACCAUAUGCAUCACAUAUGUCAUUAGAUCAACUUGAUAAUAAUAAUAGAAGAUAUUUAAGAGAUAGAGAACAUUCUAUUGAUAGAAUUGGUAAUAAUAAUAAUGUUAAUAUUAAUAGACCAAGACCAGCAUCAAUGUAUGAUACACCUAAUAAUUAUGAUUAUGAAUACAGUAAUAAUGGUAGACCAGCAAGAAGUUUAGGUAUUGCACCACCACCACCAAUACGUGGUAGUAGCAAUAAUAAUAUUAUUAGUAAUAAUAAUAAUAAUAAUAAUAAUAGCAAUAAUAAUAAUGCAAGUGUUGUAACAGCUAUGAAAUCUAGAAAUAAUAAUAAUAAUGUAAUGUAUAAUAAUAAUUAUAAUAAUAAUAACAAUAACAGUAAUGUAAGAGGAAUAUCAAAUGGAUUAAGACAAAGCCCAAGUGAAUUGAAAGUGGAUCCUGAGCUGAUUUUUACAAAACAGGAGCGAAUAGGUAAAGGAUCCUUUGGUGAGGUAUUUAAAGGAAUCGAUAAUAGAACGCAACAGGUUGUUGCUAUUAAAAUAAUUGAUUUAGAAGAAGCUGAAGAUGAAAUUGAAGAUAUACAACAAGAAAUUAUGGUAUUAUCACAAUGUGAUUCACCAUAUGUUACAAAGUAUUAUGGAUCCUACUUGAAAGGAACAAAACUUUGGAUUAUUAUGGAAUAUUUGGGUGGUGGUUCAGCUUUAGAUCUUAUGAAAGCAGGUUCAUUUGAAGAAAUGCAUAUCGCCAUAAUAUUACGUGAAGUUUUAAAAGGUUUAGAUUAUUUACAUUCAGAACGUAAAUUACAUCGAGAUAUUAAAGCGGCGAAUGUACUUUUAAGUGAAAUGGGUGAUGUUAAAUUAGCCGAUUUUGGUGUUGCUGGCCAACUCACUAAUACAACUUCAAAACGUAACACAUUUGUUGGUACUCCAUUUUGGAUGGCACCAGAAGUCAUAAAACAAUCAAUGUAUGAUUCAAAAGCUGAUAUAUGGUCAUUAGGUAUAACGGCAAUUGAAUUAGCCAAAGGUGAACCACCAAAUUCAGAAUUACAUCCGAUGCGUGUACUAUUCUUAAUACCGAAAAAUAAUCCACCUCAAUUGACUGGAAAUUAUACGAAACCAUUUAAGGAUUUUGUUGAAGCGUGCCUAAAUAAAGAUCCCGAAAAUAGACCGACAGCUAAAGAACUAUUAAAAUUUCCAUUUAUUAAAAAAGCAAAGAAGAAUUCUUAUUUAAUUGAUUUAAUUGAUCGAUAUAAGAAAUGGAAAUUACAAAGAGGUGAAGAAAGUGAAACCGAAUCCGAAAAUUCUGACUCAGAGGAAUCUAAACCAGAUAGUGAUAUGGAUGAACCAUGGAUAAUGACCGUUAAAGGAAUGCAUUAUAAUAAUUUUACAAAUAAUAAAUCAACAGCUGCAUCAGUUCUUGAUCAUCAUUCGGAAAUAUUCUGUUCAACGAAUACAAAACAACCACAAAUUCAACAUCAAAAUGGUUCAACUAGUAUAAUUCAACCUGGUAUUAAUAAUCCUAAUAUAGGACAACAACAGCAGCAACAACAACAGCAGCAGCAACAGCAACAGCCUUCUCAUGGUAGAGAUACUAAUUUAAAUCAUUAUAAAUUAUCAACAAGUAGUGGGCAACUUGAAAAAUCACCAUCCAGUAAUACAUUAGUUGGUAGUCCACAAUCUCCAACUCAUAAAGAGAUGCCUUCGCAAAUAAUAUCAUCAUCGGGUAGUAGCACUUCCGUUGUAUUGGACAAUAACUCUUUAAGUCGAAAGGAACAAAUAUUACGUGAUAAAGAUAGAGAUAAGGAAUUAUUAUUAGAGCAGCAAAGAGACUUACAUCAAGAUGAUAGAGAACGGGAAAAGGAGACAAGAGACAAUAGAACAUCAAAAGAUUUUACUCACUUGGACCUUAGAAAUACUGAAUUAUCAGAAGAAAAACGUUCAAGUUUAUUAAGACGUGAUAAAGAGCAUCAUCAAACACAAAUAGUGCAAUCUCCACAAUCGCCAACAAUUGCGUCAUCAUCGUCUGCGAAUAGAUCAUCGAUGUCUCCAACAUCAUCAGUGACAGCGACAUCUAGCCAUAAUGGAAACUCUUCAAGUGGUAACUCAAUGUCAUCACAUAAUUAUGGUAAUCAAUUAUCACCGAGUAGCAAAGAUGCUUCCAAUCGAAUUGCUCAGACAAAUAGUCCGUGCCUCAAUAAUUUUAUUUUUCCAAUUCUGUCGGAGCUUAAACGUAAAUACUAUUAUUCAUCUAAUUCAAGUCCUGUGGAUGUAGUUGAAUUAAAAACUGCUUUUGAGUUAGCUGAAAGAGCCAGUCCUGGAAUUAGCGAUCUAUUAAUAAAAGAAAUUAUACAUAAAUUAGUUCCUGGAUUUUCAGAAACACGAAUAAAUACGCUUAUGGAUAGAGUAAUGCGAAAUAAAAAAUAAUUUACAACUUUAAAAAAAAAAAAAAACAAAAAUUAUUCAAAACUAAAAGUAUAUGAUACAAAAAAAAUAUAGAAAUAAAUGUUAUAUAAAUUUAAUAAAUAAAAAAUAAAUAAAAUAAAUAAAAAUUUCACCACUGUACUAUCAAACAUUACGGUCAGCUCAACACGAUCAAUUUUACAAUUCAACACAACAUAACAAUAAAUUGAAAAAGAAAAAAACAAAAAAAAUUAAUAAAUCAUAAAGAAAAAAAAAAAUACAAAAAAAAAAAAUUUAAAAAAUAGUUUUAGAAAAAAAAAUCAAUUUUUAGACAAAAACAAAAACAAAAAAUGUUAUUUAAAACUGAAAUUCUUAACAAAAUAUAUGAAAAUUUUAAAUAAAAGACAAAACAGACAAAAAAAAAAUUUAACAAAACAGUUGCAAAAUAAAUUUGAAAAGAAAAACAAAUAAAAAAAGCUUAAAAUUAGAGGAAAUAGAAAAAAAUUAAAAAAUUUCAAUUUAAAAAUUUUUAGACAAAACACAGCAAUAUAAAAUAAAUUCUCGUUUAUAUACAUUAUAUGUACAUAAUAUGCAUAUAUAUAUACAUAUAUAAUAUAUAUAUAUAUAUAUAUAUAUAU